ACCCCAAGUCUCCUAUCGACUUAUCAACCCUUUCCCUCACCAGCCCACCCAUCCUCACCAUGUCUAACCACGGAAACCGCGGCGAUUCGUACGGUUCGGACGACAAAUACGGGUCAGGCAACAACGACUCGUACGGUUCUGGCAACCAACGCUCGAACAACGACACGUAUGGUUCUAGCAACAACGAUUCCUAUGGCUCAGGAAACAAGCGCUCGAACGAUGACGACAAUUAUGGUUCCUCCAAUAACGAUUCAUAUGGUUCAAACCAGCGCCCUUCCGCCGAUGACACAUAUGGCUCUAACAAUCGCUCCAACAACGACGACAAUUACGGUUCCAACAAUCGCUCGUCUAACAACGAUUCGUAUGGUUCCAACAAUCGUUCGUCCAACAACGAUUCGUAUGGUUCCAACAAACGUUCUUCCAAUGAUGAUUCCAACGAUUCGUACGGCUCUAAACCAUCCGGCGGUUCAUACGGAUCCUCUAACCAGGACUCGUACGGCUCCAACAAAGAUUCGUACGGGUCUUCUGACCAAGCCUCGUACGGUUCCAAGAAAGGCGGCGACUCGUACGGAUCCUCUAACCAGGACUCCUACGGCUCCAACAAAGACUCGUAUGGAUCGUCCAAGGAUGACAAUUCGUACGGGUCCUCCAACCAAGACUCCUACGGGUCCAAGGGCCCUUCCAAGACAACUUCUGGUGAUGAUUCGUACGGAUCGUCCAAGACCUCUUCGGACGACAACAACUACGGUUCUUCCAACAACGACUCCUACGGUUCGUCUAACACCUCGUCCGGCAACAAGCCUCCCACCGACUCGGACAACUACGGCUCAUCCAACACUCAGCCCCCUAAGCAUGGCCAUGGCAGUAAUUACAUCACGGACACUUUGAAGGCCACUGCAAGCAAGGCUGGCUACGACAUCGAUGACGCCACCGCUGACAAGAUCGGCGAAGGUCUCCAAGAAGGUCUCAAGAAGUUUGGUGGAGGAAAAUUCGGUUUCUGAGGGACUGUAUCGAUUGGUCAGAGCAACGGCAGAAUCAAUGAAUUAAAUGUACUUUAUACAUGGACUCGGAGUUGGUACUGAACAGAAGUAGACUUGAGAGAUGAUCUUUCAUGAGCUUUGGUCACGUCAAACAAUCAGAGAACAAGCGUCUGCUUUGUAUUGCUCAGAUGAGCAAUCGUGUCGUC